UCGUACGCAUUUCUUUCCAGAAGCAAGAUGCCUCCGCGCGCCCUCUCACGUCAGUCUGUGCCAUUGUUGUAAGAAUGCCAGCCAAGGACGGCAGCUGCGCUGCGUAGGAGGAGCUAGCGGCGUGUUUCCGCUAAAGAACAGGCCGAGGCAGCGAUCUAUGCAGCCCUACUGCUAGCUACCAGCAGCCGGACAGUUGGGAGCUAACGCAGGAAAUUGCUUAACUACAGUUUACUACGGCUUUGUUACCGGGAAGCCGCGGUUUUACCUUUCGGGUUCGGGAACAAGAACGGGCGGCAGCGAUGGAAGCCGAGUUUUGGGAAAUCGACGAAAAUGGGACUUGGAACUCCGUAUAUGAGGACAUUCGCCAGCAAUCUUGUGAAUUACCAUGCAAGGUUGCCAAAUUUCCCGAAAACAAGACUCGGAACCGUUACCGGGACGUCAGCCCCUUUGACCACAGCAGAAUCUGCCUGCAGCUGGGUCCAAACGACUACAUUAACGCCAGCCUAAUAACUGCAGAAGAAGCGCAGAGGAAAUAUAUUCUUACUCAGGGACCCCUUCCAAGUACAUGUGGUCAUUUCUGGGAGAUGGUUUGGGAGCAGAGGACCCGCGGAGUCGUGAUGCUGAACCGGGUCAUAGAGAAAGGCUCUAUCAAAUGUGCCCAAUAUUGGCCUCAAAGAGAGGAGAAAGAUGUCAUCUUUGAAGACACCAACUUCAAGGUCACUCUCGUCUCAGAGGACAUCAAAUCGUACUACACAGUCCGACAGCUGGAGCUGGAAAAUCUGUCUACUCAGGAGACGCGUGAAAUUUUACAUUUUCACUACACGACCUGGCCUGACUUUGGGGUCCCAGAGUCUCCAGCCUCCUUCCUCAACUUCCUCUUCAAGGUGCGCGAAUCGGGCUGUCUGAAUGCGGAGCAAGGGCCGGUGGUGGUCCACUGCAGCGCUGGGAUCGGACGCUCCGGGACCUUCUGUCUCGUGGACACCUGCCUCCUUUUGAUGUCUCUCCGUAAAGACCCGUCUUCGGUGCGGAUCCGUGAAGUGCUGCUGGAGAUGCGUCGUUAUCGAAUGGGUUUGAUACAAACGCCAGACCAGCUUCGCUUCUCCUACCUUGCUGUGAUUGAAGGUGCCAAGUACAUCAAAGGAGACACUUCUCUCCAGGAGUCAUGGAAAGAGCUGUCGAAUGAGGAAGAUGAUCCUCCAGAGUUCACCCCGCCGCCUCCUCUUCCUCCUCCCAGAGACCCUUACAACGGCCGAGUGCAGCCAUGUUUUUUCCCAGAUGACAUAGACUUCCUCCACCGUGUGGAAACUUCCCAACUGAGGUCUACAGGAGACACAGAGCUGAGGAACAGAAACCCAGCCGCCCCGGAGCCGCCUCCGGACAGACGGGACGGGCCUGUGGGAAUCAAAGACCUGACCUCCGACCCUCCGAGGAAAACCCAGCAGGGGGAGGACGAGACGGAUGAAGCAGAGCAGAAGAAGGGGGCUUGGUCCCCUCUGACGGCCCACGUGUGCCUGGGCACGGCGCUGGCCCUCAGCGCUUACGUUUUCUAUCGCGUCUAUUUCCACUGAUGUCUGUCCUUCCUCCUUCCUGUCGUCUUUUUUUCUUUUGUUCCAUGAUGUGGACUCGGCUGGCCGGUCAGCCUGCGUCGACGCGGUUCGCCUGUGAUCAUGUUGUAAACGGUCAGCUGCCUCCCUUUACCCAAAACCUUCUUUGUGUGUACGCCAUCUCCAACGCUCAGGGCCUCGCUUUUUCAGGUGCCACAUCCUAAAUAAACGUAUGUACGUGUGUGUUUGUGUGUGUGUGUGAGGGGGGGGCUGUGAGUGUGUGCGUGCGCAGACCCAAACGCAGACGCAACAUAAAACAGACGUCAGUCUGCUAAGGCGAAGGGGUUUGCAUUGAGCACCUCUGCCUAAUUUACACGCUUCUUCUUUCUUAUUUACCAAAAUGACACCUUUGAAUGUUUUUCCAUUUUUAUCCUAAACACGUUUAGUAACAGAUCAUGAUUUUGAUCAAGCUGGACUGAAAACAAGUCACUAAGGGAGAAGCUUUGUUCACACAAAGAGUUUAUGAAUGAAAGUGUGGAUUUUGAAUGAUCUCUGCACACUAGUUAUACUUUUUGUAUUCCUUUGUACGACGGGAUAUUAGGGCCACUCUUAGAAAAUAAUUUAAAAAUUGCUAAGACUAAAGUCAUAAAAUUACGAGAAUAAAGUCUUAACAUUAUGACUUUAUU